AAAAAACAUCAAAUAUGUGCCACGUGUCCUCCCCCGACCUGUAUGUUAGAUGGUUCUCAUAGUUCUGAAGACUGAUUUUUAUCAUCUGGUGUAUGAUCUAGUGUGAUGAUUCCUCUUUUCUCAGUCUUCAAGAAACAGAAGUCUGAUUUUAUCAAUGGGCAUUUCCUCUAGACAGGAAGCUUGUUCUAAGGCUUUCAUGGCACCAAUGCAUCUUUCUGUGUGUCGUGUGGCCUUUUGAUUAGAUGUGCCCUAGUUAAUAAUCCCAAAAUAUACUGGGAUCAGGAGUAAACAGGAAGGUGUCCAUUUAGACACAAGGUGAAAUCAAGGAUUAGGAGAUACUGUCUUAACUUGCCCGUAGGGUUCGAUGGGAUAUAAUAAUCUGUACCUUUUUUGUGUGAGGGUUCCUUUGAACACAUUGCUAGAAAUGCACUGCGUUCAGAAUUUCUCAGUAUUAAUGGUUAUUGGGGAACAUUCAAGUUAUCAGUGUGGGACCCACAGCCAUUCCCCGCUUCACAUAAAGAAAGACUGUCACGUUGCUUGUGGCUACAGCUUCUAUUUUGCAGAAUAAAUUGCUAUUUGCAGUUGGGCUCGAUCGUCUUGCAGCAUUGCUCAAAGAGCCAGUGAUUACUAUUAAGUCAUGAUUACUAUUAAGCCAGUUUGACUCUCCUGAUCCAGCACGGUGCCUCGUCCAUUGCAGGUGCUUACUAAAUGCCUGCUGACUGGAUGGGAUUUCAAAAACACUGAGAUCUUCAGUUGCAACGGGAAGCUCUCCCAAGAGGCAGCUAUGCAACUAGGAAACAGAGCUGCAGUUUUUCCACAACCUACCUUGCCAGGUGUCCAGCAGAUAAUCAGUGUUGGAAACCACAAUCAGCUGAUGUUCAGUGGUGGUUUUGUCUGUCCUAUCUUUGUUUUAGGCAAAUUGGGUCUGUGAUAGAGACCUGACUGGUAGAGACCCUUCAGACGUUUUGUCCUUUAGGGGAAUGUGGCUCCUGGGGGACCUCUGACGAACUGCUUUGCCUAACGAGGCAGGUUGUGUGUUACUUUGUCCCAUGCCAGGCUUCAUUUAGUUUGUUGGAUCACUGAAGCAGAGAGGCGUGCCCUUCGGCCACCAGGAUUCCUAAGAAGCCAGGAAGUCAGAGCUGCUGAGCAGAAGCCUGAGGUUGGCACAGAGAGCGUGGAGGGUAAUCAUUCCUGCCAGGCUGGGGCUGUUUACUCUGCCACCCUAAGGCUGGUGGACACUGGGCGUGGUGGGCGUGCUUGCCUGAGUACCUGUUUGUAGAACACUGAGACAGCAGGGCCGAGCUAAAACAGCCGUAAUCUGAAACCAGUCGUGUUGGUUUUCCUUCUCUGGCCCCGGCAGCUGAAAUCUGCAUUCCAGAUGAAACCUGCUGGGAAGCGGAAGAAAGCACUUAAAAAAAAAAAAAAAAAAAGAAAGCUUCAAGGGCAGUAAAUUAACUGCUUUUGAGAGUUCCUGGCAUUUUGAGAUGAUCUAUUUUCUUUACUUUUAUUUCUUUGCUUCGGGCUUUGUAAGUGGCUCUGGAUCUGUCUGCGCUGCUAGUUUUUUUGGCCUGGAUGCCACAGGCUUCUGACCAUAAUUUAGAGGGCAAAGGAGGGUGCGUAAGAAGUAUUUCAGUCAUUUUCUCCUCAUUCCCUUAAGAAUUUCUUGGGCUGCUCCAGGGGGUGGUUGACGACUGUCAGGAUCAGCUUGCCUGCUCAGCACUUUCAAGAGCCUCGCGUGCUCACCAAUGAGGAAGUUGAAAGCAACCACGAGAAGGGCAGGCACUGGGGCGGAGCUCGUGGUGAAGUCCAGGGCUGGGAUGACGGGAGCAGGCUGACUUUCCCUACGACAAAAAGCUUUUUGUCCCCGGGAAUAAAUACGGAAGUCCCAGAGGAGCAGCCUCCCCAGCCUGUGUGUAGUAAGGUGUGCAGCCUCGGCUGCUUCUAGGCAUAAAGCUCCACGGACUUUUUACAGUUGCCCUGGGCACACCAUCAUCGCGCAAACCGGAAGGAGGGCGCAGUGAGCGACCUGAAAGAAACCAAGUGUGCUCGCUCUUCGGCUGUGGAGUCUGGCUGCCGGGUCCUGUUGCUCUCUGUCCUGUAAGUUAAGAGCUGAUGGAGCGGAUAAGCUGAGAAAGCUGGGGAAGGUAACAAGUCGGAACUCCCACUGAGGGCACUGCUGAGACAUGGAGGACCUUAGUAACUCUCUGAAUGGCAAUGAUGUCUCAGGACCAGAAAAACCCGAAGCCGGACUGGAAAUGGCUCAGUCGAUCCUGAGCAAGUUCUCUAUGAAAACUCUGUUUGGGUUUACAAGUAAAUUGGAAUCUGUGAAGCCUGAAGAGGAAGAUGCAGUGCUGAAAGCAUUCCACAGUUUAGUCGUGGAUCCCAUACCUCGGCUUGAUGAUCCCAGCAAUGGCUCAGAUCAACAGGAGGCAGAGGCUCAGGUUCCACCUGACCUUGGAAAUGAUGGGAAGACUGCAAGGGUAGAGAUGGAGAUGGAGUCAGAGGGAAGUCAGGCAAUGGCAGAGGCAGGGAUUUCUCUCCCUGGUGAAGAACUUCCACUCACUGCUUUGAGUGUGAGCAGAGACGAGGUCAUUUUGGUUCGUGGUACCCUUGUGAACACCACCAGUGAUUCCGACUCUGAUGAUGGUGGCCAGGAGCCAGAAGAGAGAAGCAACACCAAUGGCCCAAAGUCCCCCAGUGUUGUUUUAUCUGAGCCAUCGCAGGAGCCCAAAGAAAAGCCAGGAGAUUUUAGGGAAAAUACUACCACUGGGGAAAGGGAUGGUGCAGAGCCCUGUGCAGAAAGUCCUCAAAGGACUCCAUCUGAGAUAAGUAGCACACAGGAGUCUGGCGAUGAUGGCCUUCAGACAGAGCACAGCCCCAGCCAAGGACAAGCUGGAGAAGAAGCUUCCCAAGUCCUACCUGCGGUAAUAGACCAGAACUUGAGCGUCGGCGUCACUGAGAAUACCUCUUCUAAAAAAGAAGUCCCUGGAGAGAAGUCAUUCCAGCUGCCAGCCUUUUUUAGUGGACUUCGUGUGCUGAAGAAGGGGGCUACAUCCGAGGGAGGGGAGACCAUCACUGAAAUUAAACCAAAGGAUGGGGACUUGGCUUUGCUCAAAUUGACCCAGCCUGUUCAGAAGUCUCUAGCGCAGGCAGGGCCUCAGACAGUGAAGGCUGGGCAGAAAUCAACUGAUCCGAAGGCCCCUCCCACUCUCCUGGAGCAGCUUUCUCAGCUGCUCAACAUUGACAUGCCCAAAGCUGAACUGAAGGCAGGAGACCCUGAACAGCCCAGAGGAGAAGAGAUGGGCCACAGCGUUGCCCAGGAGAGCCAGAGCGGCCCCGGAGAAGCCCAAACCCAGAGUGGAGAGGUCAAGCCAAAGUCACCAGAGACUGCCCUGGAGGCCUUUAAAGCCUUAUUUAUUCGUCCCCCCAAAAAGGGGACCACAGCUGACACCUCUGAGCUGGAAGCUCUCAAGCGCAAGAUGAGGCAUGAGAAGGAGUCGCUGAGAGCUGUGUUUGAACGGUCUAAGUCAAGGCCAGCGGAUGGCCCCUCUGAUUCCAAAAGCCCUGACCACAGCCCCACUGAGCAGGAUGAUAGGACUCCUGGCCGACUCCAGGCUGUCUGGCCACCCCCAAAGACAAAAGACACAGAAGAAAAAGUGGGAUUGAAGUACACUGAAGCAGAAUACCAAGCUGCUAUUUUACACUUGAAGAGGGAGCACAAAGAAGAAAUUGAAAACCUGCAGGCUCAGUUUGAACUUCAGACCUUUCAUAUCCGAGGUGAGCAUGCAGUGAUAACAGCGAGGCUAGAAGAAACCAUUGAAAAUCUCAAGCAUGAGAUAGAACACCGAUGGCGAGGAGGAUGUGAAGAGAUGAGAGAUGUAUCUAUCUCCACCGACGAUGACUGCCCUCCAAAGACUUACAGAAAUGUGUGCAUCCAGACAGACAGAGAGACUUUCCUCAAACCCUGCGAAGGUGAAGGCAAGACAACCAGAAGUAACCAAAUAAUACCCAAAAAACUGAAUAUCUCCUCUUUAAGCCAACUCUCUCCCCCAAAUGACAGCAAAGAUGUCCAUGUUCCUCUCCUGUCUGUGGAAGGCAUCUCUUUGAAUCAGCAGAAGGCAUCGCCUCCCCCUCCUGCACCACCCCUACUAACAAGCAUCCCUCCCCCUCCUCCCCUCCCACCUGGACUUGAAGCUUUGCCACCAGCACCUCCGCCACCACCUGUGAGUGCUGGACCGCCACCACCUCCGCCACCUCCUCUGCCUCCAAGUGCUGGGCCUCCCCCACCUCCUCCCCCGCCACCACUUCCUAACUUCUCCGCUCUGCCCAGCAGUGGGGGGCCACCUCCUGCUCCAGCACCCCCAGGACUUGCGCCUCCACCUCCUCCAGGACUCUUCUUUGGAGUCAGCUCUUCUUCUAGCCAAUGUCCUCGGAAACCAGCCAUUGAACCCAGUUGUCCCAUGAAGCCUUUGUACUGGACUAGAAUACAAAUAAGUGAUAAGAGCCAAAAUGCUACACCAACCUUAUGGGAUUCCUUAGAAGAACCUGAUAUUCGAGAUACUAGUGAGUUUGAGUAUUUAUUCUCCAAAGACACAACUCAGCAGAAGAAAAAACCUCUGUCAGAGACCUAUGAGAAAAAAAACAAGGUCAAAAAGAUCAUCAAGUUAUUGGAUGGAAAACGAUCUCAAACUGUGGGAAUCUUGAUAUCGAGUUUGCAUUUAGAAAUGAAGGAUAUCCAGCAGGCCAUUUUCAAUGUGGAUGACUCUGUGGUUGAUCUGGAGACCCUGGCAGCCUUAUAUGAAAAUAGAGCCCAAGAGGAUGAAUUGGUUAAAAUAAGAAAGUAUUACGAGACAUCCAAAGAAGAAGAAUUGAAGCUGCUGGAUAAACCUGAGCAAUUUUUGCAUGAGUUAGCCCAGAUCCCUAACUUUGCUGAACGUGCCCAGUGCAUAAUCUUCAGAUCUGUCUUUUCUGAGGGUAUCACCUCCUUGCACCGAAAGGUAGAGAUCAUCACACGAGCUUCUAAGGGCUUGCUGCACAUGAAGAGUGUGAAGGAUAUUUUAGCUCUCAUUCUGGCUUUUGGAAAUUAUAUGAAUGGAGGAAAUAGAACUCGAGGACAAGCAGAUGGAUAUAGCUUAGAAAUCCUGCCCAAACUCAAGGACGUCAAAAGUCGGGAUAACGGGAUUAACCUGGUGGACUAUGUCGUGAAAUAUUACCUGCGUUACUAUGAUCAGGAAGCAGGAACAGAAAAGAGUGUUUUCCCCCUGCCCGAACCACAAGAUUUCUUUCUGGCCUCCCAAGUCAAGUUUGAAGACCUCAUAAAAGAUUUGAGAAAACUGAAGAGGCAACUAGAAGCAAGUGAGAAACAGAUGGCGAUGGUGUGCAAGGAGUCGCCAAAGGAGUAUCUCCAGCCUUUCAAGGACAAACUAGAAGAGUUCUUCCAGAAAGCCAAAAAAGAGCAUAAAAUGGAAGAAAGUCACUUGGAGAAUGCACAGAAAAGUUUUGAAACAACAGUAGGAUAUUUUGGGAUGAAGCCAAAGUCUGGUGAGAAGGAGAUCACACCCAACUACGUGUUUAUGGUGUGGUAUGAGUUCUGCAGUGACUUCAAGACGAUUUGGAAACGGGAAAGUAAAAACAUAUCUAAAGAGAGGUUAAAAAUAGCUCAGGAAUCAGUCAGCAAGUUGACAUCAGAGAAGAAAGUGGAGACAAAGAAAAUCAACCCCACGGCUAGUCUGAAAGAAAGACUGCGUCAGAAGGAAGCCAGUGUGACCACCAACUAACGCAGAGACGUGAAAAGGAUGACAGCGGAGACGUAGUACCUUGCAUGAGCCUUUCCAACAUCACUGCUGCAGGAAGUUCUUGAAAGAUAUGUUACUAAAUGUCUGUUUUGCUCAUCUCUUUCUGAGGUCACCCACAGUGAGCACCCCAUGCCUUCUUGAAGAAAGUCCCUUAUUAAGCCACAGGAACAAUAAAAGCUGUUUGAGGGAGCAUUGCCGGAGUAUUUGAUAAUUGUUUCUUGUGGAGGUGCAAAGUCCACUCCCUCAUAAGACCAGAAAGAAUACCAAGAUUUUCCAAUUCUUUUUAGAAGUGGAGAUUUGAAGCUUUCUAACCAAAACUUGAUACAUGUAAACUUGUGACAGAAGAAAAGGAUCUUUUAUGACAUUUGCCUUGAGAGAGUUCAAGCCUUGGUCUUUACACACUGCUGGUUUGAUUAUUAGUCUUAAUUUUGAUCCUAUUGGAACAAGAUCCAGAAGCAUCUUUCACCAAAACUGUUGAAACUUACCAAAACUAUUUUUAAAGAGGUCCAAGAUUAUGUAUUUCCCAGACUGGAGGAAUGGUUAUUUUGUUGUUCAUGUAAUGGAAAGAACAGAAAAUGGAGUAAUACAUGGGUGUCAGGAGGGGUUAAAUAUGUGUUAUGAUACAAGGAGUUGACGUCAGCCAUUAAGCAAGACACAUUCUUUUGUUUUUAUAUCAGUUCUUUGUGUUUUCCUAAACCAACAGGGAUUCUCCACCUCAUUCCCAGAAGAAACAGUGAUACUUGAGCAGGGACAGACUUGGGGUCAAAGAACCUGCUUGGACAAGUAACCCGGGGACAGAGCACAUUUCACAUUUCAUAUCGUUCAUGAACGGCUAAUGCCAUGUCGACAUGCAGCUGAGCUCUGCGUCUUGUUCAGGGUCUGUGAGUGGCUGGGCCUCUCCCGCCAACCCCACAAGGCAGCUUCCAGACAGGAGAGCAAAUGCUGCUCAGAGCCUUUUAUCGCGACCUUGACUGACAGGCGUGUACAGAGAGUGAAGCCAGGAGUCUUUGAUGUUGAAGAAAUUAAGGGCAGAAAAGAAAGUUCUCUACGUCCAAAUGAAAAGAAGAUGAUUACAUUAAUAUUCUACUUUGAGUGGACUGUCAUGCAUAGGCAGCUUUUUCCGACCCUGGGAGCCCAUAAGACCACUGCCCCUUGAGUCACAAGAGAAACCACCUUGGACCUCUCCCCUGACAUUUUUUCUGUAAGCCAUCACUCUUCAAAUCUAUCUUAUGAAGGAAGAAUAAAGGGAACUGGGGGUGAGUUGUGAGUAGGAUCAGAGACUAUCAGGUUUUGGCCUCGAAGGGAGAGAGAUCCAAACUUUCUCCUCGAAUUGGUAGAGAACAGUCGAGAGAUGAGCAAGAACCUUCAGACUCUCAGGAUCUGUCUGCCACGUGUAGCCUACCCCCUGCCCCAGCAUCUUCCCAGAAGCUUUCAACUUGCCAGGUUCCUGAGUGUCUACCCAGGACAUGCCUGCCAGUCAUCAGCCCCCUCAGGGACCCCAUAAUAGAUUCUGCUAAUUAAAACAGCACCAUAUCCUAAUAUAAUGCCCAUCUUGGGAAUCAAGGUUGCAUAGUCAGGAUCAAAUCAAGUCACGGAAGCCAUAUUCAUGCAGGUGCUAACCAUCUUUUCUAACCAUUCAAAAGAAAGGAAUAUGGUAACAUGCUUGGGUUGGUGUUUUUUUUUUUUGUUUUUUCAAUUUAAAGUAAAAGGAUGAAAAGCAAAAUAGAAAAGCUGAUAAGAAACUUACAUGGCUAAAAGAAGGUGCUUUUGAGCAAGGAGCUUUUCAUACUACUUUCUUGUAUUGUUCCUCUUCAUUUUCAUUUAACCAUGAAGAAAAUCUAAGGAAUUCAAGAAUUUAAAAUAAAUCCCACUUACAGCCAUCUUGCACUCUGACAUUCCUCUUAGUAUUGUUGUGCAAAAGAAAAGUGCUUGUUUUGCCCAUGCCUUGGGAAUCAACGUUGAGUUCAGUGAGACCAGUACAAGUCUAGAUCCUUCUGGGUCUCAUACACUUGAUGGGAGAGAGCCCAAGAUGGCUUUCAGGGCAGUCACAUAGCCCAUUUCAGGUCUCUAAGUCGGAUGCUCACAAGAAAAUCACUGAAAGUAAAUAGGACUGUUACUUUGGCCAUGUAACCCUGCAAGAACAAGCUCUCAGGGAACCAAUGCUGGUGAACAAUGAGUAGAAACAUUUAAUUUGAGAGUUAGAGAUAUACAGCCCAAGUUGAAUUUCAUCCUAGUGGACAAACUAGAAAUUGGCCAUAAAAUACCUGUUUCUUUACUCUUUAGAGUGAAGUUUGCCUGCCUCUGUUGGGGAAACCUCAUGAUUUUGUGAGACUGGUCAAACGUAGUAUGUUAGUGCAUUAAAACACCAGGGCAAAAGCCCCAUUAUUCUCACCCAGUUUGAAUCUUGCAUUAUAUGUCUGGAUGCUCCCUCCCCAGUCCACACGUGUACCACAUUGUUGACAUAGCCUUCAUUUCUACUCUAAGUUGAUGCUUAGUGAAGGUUCAUAAGAGUUUGUUCAAGGUGGGCCAUCUGAAACAACCUGGAGGCUCUUAAAAUGGUCCCUCUAAAAUGCAGUAGAGCUUGUGUUCAGGGCAACUUUUCAUGGAGAGGAAGUAGUUGGGGUGACACUUAGCAGCUUGAGCGUUUCAGGCAAGCAGGGUUUAAGUAGCUGUUCUAACCACAGCCUUCCCUGAACUAGAUGGAGAGUGGCCGUAUUACUACUCUGUCUUUUAACCACUCACACCAGACUUACUAGUCAGACUCUGAGAAACCUUAACUUACAAGCAACAUCGUCUCUUCCUAGCCAAGAAUUCAUUAAAACCAAGGGCACAGUUGGAUAGUAGUUCAGAUUCUUGCAUGAGUAACUAGCAUAAUCGUUGAGCAUACAAGUAUAUCAGAUAUUACACUAAAGCAUGCUAUAAACUCUUUAGAUAAAAACAUCAGGCCUGUGAGGUGUCAAAAAUCAGGUUAGAAGGAGGUGAGCUGUGUGGCUUUUAACCCAAGAAGAGGCAGCCUGUGGGAAUGGGGGUAGAGUGUGGCCAAGCAGAAAUGGGUGAAUAUAAUGAUGGUGGAGGCGCAGGGGUCACACGUGACGGACCUGCUGCCCAACAGUUGCCUUUUGAAUCCUUGAAUUGACAUCCCUGAUGUAUCUUCAGACACUCACUGCAAGUACCUAGGAAAUAUGGAGAAAGAACUUCUGAAAUCUGGGAAGGAGAGUAAGGAACCCAGUGGUGCUAUUCCAUCUUGAAAUGUUCUAGCCAGAACAAAUCAGCAACAUGGCUGAGGGAUUGAAUGCCACAUUGAGUGCUGGUCUCUGACCCUCUCAUGCCCCCUAGUAAGGACAGUACAAGCUGCAUACUUGCUGGCCGUCCCUUAGUCACCUGCUUUUCCCAUAAAUACCAUAAGAAAAGGCGUUUCCUACAUGAGAAGCUCAUAUGCUGCUUGUGGAGAAACUGGGAAAACUGAAGGAAGGAAUAAAACUCUUUGGUGGUAUUGGAAACCUCCAAAAGGAUCAAGUCAUCAUCAGCUUGGUUCUUCCAAGGGCCAGGAUCAGACAUAGCAGAAGAGAUGUAAGUGUAUUUUUGGUAAAGAUUUACUUGUUGGCUUGGGAUUGCAUAUCUCUCCAUAGAUUAUUCUGACUCCUAUGGGGUAGUUUUUAUUUUAAUUAUUUUCUUGCUUUCUUGAACAUUAUAUUUUCUCAUUUCUAUUUCUACUUCCCCCUUGCCUGGUGUUGUUGACACAGAUCAUUGCAUAUGGCAGCACAGCGAAGAGCAGUCGUCAGUGUGUGAAGGGGAAUUAGCAAUGCAGACCUGCGGGCUCUUUCCUAGUAACCAGACUGUACCAUUGAUAGGGGAACUUCCUCAUUCCCUGACAUUCUCAGUUGGUCUAUUUUGUAGUACUGUCCCCUCCCGGAACAAAGAUAAAAACCAAUCUGGGGCUUUCUGUGGCAAGGGUAGGGAAGAAGACCAAAAAUUAAGCUUUUGUUCCCCUGAAUAGCUGAUGUAAAUAUCAAAUUUUAUGAAAUAGUUAUUAUCUAAAAAUCGCAAACAAGAGCUCUUUUGAGUUUCAUUUUUCUUCGAUCUUGCCUCUUCUAAUCAAAAAAAAAAAUGACCGAAAGAAAGAAGGGAAAGAAAAAGCAUCAGCAGAUUUGGCAAUCCACAAAUUAUUUAACUCCUGAAUCACAGAAAGUGAGCAGACUGUGAAAUGCAAUGUUGUAGAAGUCCUGAGCACAUAAGAAUUUGAAAAGCCGUGAAGGCUGAUGAGUGUAGACGAAGUAAGAGCUGUCCACUGCCUGCUGAGACUAUAGCCUAAACCGGGGAUUUUUAGAGUGUGGAUUUGAAAGAGUCAAGUAUUGCUCUGAACAAUUGAUUUUGAAAAAGCCACAGAGAGACGUGGUGUGAUACAGUGGGAGAAAUGCUAGACCAUGAAAAUUUCCUUACUCUGGAUUCUCUCUUAAGUUUAUGCGUGUGGAACAUCCAGAAGACCUUGAAUACUGCAUUUGAUGUGUUAGGAUUUUACCUUUAGGAACACUACAACUGAAGAGAGUGUACUGAAUAAAGAAAUAACUUUUCAUUUAUGUCAGCUACUUUGUCAUCAUAAAUCUGCAACACAAAAGAAACAAGUCUACAUGGCCAAACUAAUACUAUUUGAAAAGAUUGCAUAGUUUUUGGCCUUUCCAAAAUGCAGUUAACUUGUUGGGUAUAUUUCCACUUUCCAGCUAUAAACAGUCUAGCUGCUUGGAACUUUCUCUAUUGUUGGUGCAGAAGUCACUCAACGAAAAGCACCUUCAGAAACAGGCCUCAGCAGAUCUGGGUCCUGUAGGCUCACGUAACAGUAUUUCUAACUCCAUUAGCAAUUGAAACCAGGCAUAACUAAGCUUGGUUACAUAGCUGUGUGUGACUGAGAGGCCCAUUUUGUGUCAUUUCUGCACUCCUGUCAGUUGUUGACACCUUGUUAGAGGCACUGAAUUUUAGUUUCACAGUUCUUCAUUUCACCUCCCAAGGAGUGGGCAAUCUACCAAACCCUUCCAGAUCAACACUUUGCUGCGAAGUAGUAAAUUCAAAAGAGUUUUAACAUGUCAAACUUGAAGCCAAUUCAGUAACCUUAUUUGUUCCAAGACUCUUAAUCAACACUGUGAUAUAAACUUAGCACUUGGGAAAUUUGUGUAAUUGGCAACUUACUUGGAAGUGUGAAGAUAUGAAAAUGGCAGCUAGCUAACUCCAUCUAAGCUCCCAUGCGGUUUCUCCCAAGGAAGGAAUUAGAGAAGCAAAUCAAGCCUCAUUCAGUAGGUUGUCUGUCCCCAAAUGGAGCUUGUUGGAUUCAUUUCCCCUCCACCCUCUGCCCCUCUCCCACCCAGCCUGGUGAUAAACAGUAACAGAGGACCUUUCCCUUCUCGUUCGUCCGGUCUCUGGUAUGACAGAUAGUUCAAUUCAAUCAAGAACUCAAAUAAACCCCUGCAUAUUACACCUGUGAGGCACUUGUUCAUGAUUAUCUUCUCCAUUCUAUAAUCUGGGGAAGACUGACUUAAUCUCAAUAUUUUAUAUGAAAGUGGUAGCUACAGCCUUUAAUUUAUUCUUCUACAUGCCAUCUAUGCUCAUUUAAUUUUCUUUUUUUAAUCUUCUUUUAAAUGUACUAAGAAUCUCCAGUCUCUCCUUUUCUAGAAGCUGAUCCAAAUACUACUUUGGGCUUUUUUUUUUAUGCUUUGUGUGAAAUUUGAUAGCGUUGGGCUAGUGAAAUGCAAAUGAACCCAGAAUUUCCAGCAGAAAUUCACCUCCCAAGAAUUUGGCAUCCUUCUCCAUGGUGUAAACAACCUUCUACCACAGUCAGGCUGUCGGGUAGCCUGAGCAUUUCCCUAAAUUUCACCUGUGCAGACACCAAGGGACUCUCUGUCUUUGAAACUAAAAAUGUCUUAAAAGAGAAUGGAUAUAUCUCCCCAUACGUGGUGUGAGCUGCCAAUGCGUUAUCUUAUAUUUAGCAUAUAAAGUAAGAAAUCAGACGUUUUCAGGCAAGCAUGCACAGUGGUUUAUCAAUCUCUUUGGCAAAGUUGUACCUACUUUCCUUCAUUGUUCUCUUCCAGAGCGCUCUUCCCUUCCUGUCUCAUGAAACAAAUAUAUUCUUGAUUGUUCAUCUGGGUCAGCUUGCCAGGUCUGCCUUUCCAAAAUAAAAAGCUAGUCCCAAAGACCACUGAAUAUACAGGGAAAUUACUUUCUACCUCCCCAUGACACAGAUGAUAAAAGUGUUCAGGAAUGAACAAUUCUCUGGGAACUCUUAAGAUGGACUUUGAAUUCCAGGUUUCUUUCUAUGAGGUAUUCAAAAGUGGAUAUAUACCAUACAAAAACUGGACUACUCUUUCCAGUAAGAAACUAGAAAGAGAUUAAAAAUCUUUACAUUUUAGAUAGGCUUGAGUGAACUAUAAAUUGCUCAUUUUUUCCUUUCUUCUUGGCAACUUGUCCCUACCUAUAAUCUUAUUUCUUCAAACCUGACCACCAAGGCAUAAAGAAGGUGGUCUCAGCCUCAUGGACAGUGCACUCUCUGUAAUCCUACAAAGACAUCCAUUUGCUUUGGAAACAAAUCCAUGAGUGAGGAGACAACACUAGUGACAAUUCUCCUGUCUGCCCAGGGUGACACAAAUAGGGUUUUUUUUGGUCUACCAAAGGGAUAGGUUUAUUCCAAGUCAUUAAUUUUACAAUUUGUUAAUUUCCCGACACAAAUAACAUGACCCUACUGUUAGAAGGAUGUAUAAUCUUCAAAGAGAGAAGUAUUGAGAAAAAAAGGGCUUCUCUUUAAAGAAACAAUAUGAUAGCCCUAAAAUAAGGCAGAAAUUUUUAAAAUUAGAAAUUGAAUACUUUUUGAGAUUCUUUAGAGAAAACAUGUCGUUGAUUGAGCGUAAUCUUUUUCCCAUUAUUGAGUUUUAAUUUAGACGAGGAGAGGAAGCAGUGUGCCCCUGACCUUUGAUCUAGUGGAUUGUGCUUUGGCCUGGAGAAUCAUCACUGGCUUGCUUGCCCAGAACCUAAGUGAUAUCAGUCAGCAUCCUAAUAGGAAUCAGGCCAAACAGAAAUGUAAAUUAUUUCAUUUCUGUUAGGGUUUAAUUUUUUUAGCAGCACCCAGGACGCUACUUCCGAAAAUGCAUUUGAUCAGUGCAAUUAUGUGUCUUCCUUCAGCCUUGUGAGAUUGCAAGGGAUGGGAUGAGGGAGAAAAACAAGAGAUGGGGAGAAGGAAAAUUUGAACUAGGCUAGUGCAAUGUUUUGCUGAAAUAAUGCAUUGUUAGGGAGCUGGUGAUUUUUGCCAUGGUUGUGGUAUGGGCAGCCUUGGAAACUCAAGGAAUCUGUAUUAGUAAAUCAGAGUGCCCAGUGUCUUGCAUUGGUCAGUGCCUGACAGUGUGCUGUAAAAGCAGGUAGCCCAAAGAAAUUGGCCUGUGCUUGCUUUAAUAACUCUAAAUUUCAGAUUCAUUUCCACGGGAUUGGUUGUCCAUGGCCGUUCCAGUUUUCUCUGUGCUUCUCAAAUAUCAUUUUGGCAUCUAGCUUCAUUUAUUUCACUUUUUUCCUUUCAAUACUUCCGCUUCAGCCUCCCCUUCCUUCACACCCCACGGCUAUUUUUUCCUCACUUUACAGUUUCUCCCAGACCCAGCUUUUUUCACCUCUCCCCGUCACAGACAGCCGAAUGUCUCCCUGAGCCCUUGUUCUGUUCCACAGCCCUUUGGACAGAACACUCCACUGUCACCAAAUGAGACACAGUGCUGUGGCUGCCUCUUGUUAAUGUCAGCGUCACCUCAUCACUUAGGCAAAGAGGGAAAAAUCCAUAAAAGAGAUGGAAAAUACAUUUCUUUUUCAUUUUCUUCUACUUUAUUUUAAGAAGUUCCAGGGGAGGGUUGUUGUAGUCCUUCUCGAUUUCUCAUAGAUUUUUACUUUAAAACUGUCUAAUUAGGAACCAUUCUUUUGAUAAAAUAUAAAUCAGUCUGGGUCACCAGCUACGAUGCAUCAGACUAAAUUUUUGAAUCUCAAGUAACUUUUCUGUGCUGCCGGGCAAAUUAAUUCUGUGCAAGCAUUUUGAAUCAUACACUUUUCAUUGCCGCUCCAUUCUUACUGCUACUCAUGAUUCAAACAUCUACACGAAUCUGGAUCAGGAUGUUGACAAUGUGUGGUUAUUUUCAGAUCAAGAGUAGCUAUUACACUCUUGAAAGUGCUUAACAGCAAAGUAUAAGAAUGUCCUAGUCAACCGUUUGAUCUGGAAAAACCUUGGCUUUUCUGUUUAAUUAAUUAUUAUACCAAUUUGUAGGUGUAAUCUUAAAGGAUUUUAAGCAAUAUUGAAGACAGUUUGAGAAACGAGAAGGCACUUUAAAGACAUGAAAACUUACAUUACGUGCUUUUGGAUAUUUUUUAAUGUAAUAAGCUAAUUGGAUUCAGGUAUUUUUCCCUUUAAAUUUUUAAAAAUAUGUAUUUCUAAUUUGUUUGCAUAUUUAAUUUUGUCAAAGCUCAGAAAUGCUUUUUAGUUGAAUUUGUAAAUGUCAUUUGCAACCAAAUGAAGUAUUUAUUUUUAAAAAGAAAGGAUGAAGGAACCAAUAUUGAUUUGUACAUAAUGAAAAUAUGUGUGUGUGUAAAUAUAUAUAUUUUCCUCCUUGACUCUACUUGGUCAUCACAUCAAGUGUAUUUUUGUACAUAAUAUAUAUUGGUUAGAAAACAUCAGUUGUCUACUCAAAGAAUUCUAUCUCUGUGAUAGAUUAUCCUAAUCUGUUGAUACCUCUGUUAAUUUAAGAGAUAGAACUCUAUUUUUUGGAAUUUGCAGAGAACUGCGUUCGUGGCUUGCAAUUGUAAAUAUGCUAAGGGUAUUUUAAUAAAUCUUGGUUUCAUGUC